GCUUUUUUAUGUUAUUUUAAAACAUUUCGAAUAAAAAGCCUUGUUAUUAACCGGUGUGUCGUUAUUUUUUAUUACAUGUAUUUAGCUUGUGUAGCAAAGACGGGGUUAAAACAAUUUAGUCGCCAGCUGUUGGUGUGUUUCAUAGCCAGUCGUCGUCACACUUUGCACUGUCUGAGCGGCAUUUAAUACUAGACAGUUGGCAUCGAAAUGGCAUCAUUAGCGGCGGGGCUUGAGCCAGGUUUAACACCAGGAACGGGACCUCUGGCUGAUGCUUUAGUCCCCGCCAGUAUAUUCGCUCCAGACCGGGGAGGAUGCGGGGAAGAGGACGGCGACGAGAUCGACGAAGACGGGGAGCUGACCAACGGCGAGCCCGAGGAUCGGAGGAUCGACUGCAGCAGCAAGUCAGCGCUUGUAAGCCCAAAUGGGGAGCAGUAUGACUCAUUACUCCGACAGCUUCGGGAUAGGAUGGAGGAGGGCUGUGGGGAGACAAUCUAUGUGGUUGGAAUGGGCUCUGAUGGUGGUGACUGGGGUCUGGAUGAAAAAGAUAUGGAGGCCUCGGUAGCAACAGUCCACUCUCUGUGUGAGCAGCUGGAUUCUGACCUGAUCCCCCUUAGAGAGCGCACUGAGGCUGCUGGAAUGGUGCGUGACUAUCUGAUUCGGAGGCGUGUGGGUGAGCUGGACUUCCUGGAGGUCAGAGUUGCAGUGGUGGGGAAUGUGGACGCCGGUAAGAGCACUCUGCUGGGAGUGUUGACACAUGGUGAGCUGGACAACGGCAGGGGUUUUGCCCGGCAGAAGCUUUUCAGGCACAAACAUGAGAUGGAGAGUGGCAGGACCAGCAGCGUGGGCAAUGACAUCCUGGGGUUUGACCAGGAGGGUCAGGUUGUGAACAAACCUGACAGCCAUGGAGGAAGCCUGGACUGGACCAAAAUCUGUGAGAAGUCCUCCAAAGUCAUUACCUUCAUCGACUUGGCCGGUCAUGAGAAGUACCUGAAGACCACCGUGUUUGGGAUGACUGGACACCUUCCAGACUUCUGCAUGCUGAUGGUGGGCAGUAAUGCUGGUAUUGUAGGAAUGACCAAAGAACACCUUGGCUUAGCUUUAGCGCUAAACGUGCCGGUCUUUGUAGUGGUUACUAAAAUAGACAUGUGUCCAGCCAACAUCUUACAAGAGACCUUGAAGUUACUCCAAAGGUUAUUGAAGUCUCCUGGCUGCAGGAAGAUUCCGGUCCUGGUACAGAGCAAAGAUGAUGUGAUAGUCGCAGCCUCAAACUUCAGUUCAGAGAGGAUGUGCCCCAUCUUUCAGAUUUCCAAUGUAACUGGAGAGAACAUGGACCUGCUUAAGAUGUUUCUCAACCUACUCUCCUCCAGAACAUCGUACAGAGACGAUCAGCCUGCCGAAUUUCAGAUAGAUGAUACCUAUUCUGUACCGGGAGUGGGAACUGUAGUAUCAGGAACUACCUUACGCGGGCUCAUACGUCUGAACGAUACUAUGCUACUGGGUCCGGAUCCUCUUGGAACCUUCAUUCCUAUUGCUGUUAAAUCAAUCCACCGCAAACGAAUGCCAGUUAAGGAGGUUAGAGGUGGACAGACUGCCUCGUUUGCUUUGAAAAAGAUCAAACGGUCGACUAUAAGGAAAGGAAUGGUGAUGGUGUCGCCGAAGUUAAACCCUCAGGCAACUUGGGAGUUUGAGGCUGAAAUUCUGGUUCUGCAUCAUCCGACUACGAUAUCCCCCAGAUACCAGGCGAUGGUCCAUUGUGGGAGUAUACGACAGACAGCCACCAUCUUGUCCAUGAACAGAGACUGCUUAAGGACAGGGGACAAGGCUUCAGUCCACUUCCGCUUCAUCAAAACGCCAGAGUAUCUCCACUGUGACCAGAGACUGGUGUUCAGAGAGGGCCGCACCAAGGCUGUGGGAACAAUCACUAAGCUGUUGCACUCUACUAAUAACAUGCCAUCUAACUCCAAACCUCCACAAAUUAAAAUGCAGUCCACAAAGAAGGUGCCUCUUAGGAAAGAGGAUGGCACCAUGGCAACUGGCGACGAUGCAGCAACGAUAGCACAGCCGGCUGGCUCCAGCACGUCACAGCCGGGGGAGGGAGAUGAUGACCCUCAAUUAAAAGAGGGUAACAAAGAGAACAAGCCAAAGUCUGGAGGAGGUGGAAGGAGAAGGGGUGGCCAGAGGCACAAAGGAAAAGGCCAAAAUAGCAGCGCCAACUCAAUGACAGCACCCUCCUCCACAGCAACAGGAAACUGCUGAAUUGUUGGAAUUUUUUUCUUUUUUACAUCUCCAUCUUUAAGUUCACAAAGUGUCAUUCCACAACUUUGACAGAUGUUUGAAUCGAGAUUUAAAAAUCCUGCCUGUUCAUACCAAGUUCAUCUUUGUUCUGAAACAAAUGUUAUGCAUUUCAAUGUCAGCUGCCUUUACAAAUUGAAAAAAAGUAAUGAGGUGUUAGAGGUCAGUCUCAGUCAGGAUGAGGUUCCCCCCCCCUUACCUUAGUGGAACCGGCCUUUUGGCUGGAGACAGCAGAAGGGCCGUGCUUCUGCAAGUGCAGCUAUAUUCACUUCCUCCUGCAUCGACUGUGUAUUAAUGACAAAGUAAGUUGGACUAUUUAUACUACAAAUGUAAAUUAGGUGUAAAAAAUUCAAAUUUGAGUUUGUAAAAAUUGUAUGCAAAUUUAAAAAAACUGAAUGUAGCAAAGGGGGAAAAUGAUUGAAACAAGUUUAAGCUAUACAAAAUAAGCUGUGGCAUUAUUUUAACCCUAGUUAUUUAUUUGGCACAACAGCAGUACAUUUACUCUUAGAUGGUUGGACUAUAUUUAAUCUCACUUGCACUCUUAGAUUCAGUAGUAUUUGUCAUGCUUUAACUGGUGGCUACCUUAUACUAGCAUUAAUAAAAUAACAGCACAGUAAAGCAGUUGCUAAUGAUUCCAAUGCUUUUCCUGUUAAUCUAGUACUCCUGUGUGGUAUGGCCUGUUGCCGUUUGUGACAAUUUCAGACAUUUUUCUGCAAAAAGAACAAUAAAAAUGAAAAAA